AUGGAUUGCACUGUGUUCGAGCAUUCGCCGAGUAUGGACGAUAUUUCGGAUUCGGAACUCCAGCUGGAGUGGGACCAGUUACUCCAGGAAAUAGGCGGAACGGCCCUCCUUGCCGGCUAUGACGAGCUCUAUGAGCUGUGGCAGAAGCUUCGACAUGAUGAACCAGAACUGCUUGUCACAUUCCAGAACUUCCUCAGGAAAGCAGUGUCAGAGAUCAAGAAAAUCAAUGACAGUUGUGAUAACGCCGUAAGAAGUAAAAAUGGUAUCCAUGCCGAUGACAUGAGGAGACUGUAUGAAGAAAUGGAACAAUUACUUACACAAGAAAGAGAGACACUGAGAAGAAAGUAUCGACAAGAAAUGGAGAUGGAACUAGAAAGACUGAUGGAUGAAAAAGAUCAGGAGGUUCACGAUCUUAUAGUUAGAAAACGAGAGCUUGAGUUGUCGCUUCAAGAACUUGACAAGAAGGAGAAAGAAAAACACACGCACAAUAAUCAGCUUGAACAGAUGGUCAUGGAGCUCAGCAGACAUGAGGCUAACAUCGUAGCUGAAAAUGAGGGGCUUGUUAAGGAGAAUUCGCAGCUUCGAUUUCGUCUCGACCAAUCUUUAGCCGGUUUGAAUGAAACUCAACAACUCUGCCUUCAACUUCAGGAGGAGACCGAACGAGAGAGGGCGUUCAUCGAAAGAGAGUACGCCGAAGCAGUCAAGGAACAAGACAGAAAAUCACGUGAUAGACAUAACCUUGAACUUCAACUGGAGAAAUUAAGAGAGAAGUAUGAACAGUUAGUUGAAGAUAAUUACAGCGUGAAAGAACCAAAGAGAGUCGGCGUUAUGCAGAUGAGUCGGGUCAGCUCGUACAGUGAUUGUGAAUGCGAUCAACAGAUGCAGUUCCUCCAGUUACGGACGCCGGAUCGAUGUUUUAAGGUGGUGAUGUGCGGGGACUCUGGGGUCGGGAAAUCAAGCUUCGUGCAAAGGUUCUGUCAUAACAGCUUCUCAGUGAACACACAAGUUACGAUAGAGAUUGGAUUCCAUAUGAAAUCACUGGUUCUUGAUAAUACUGUAGUUUCACUUCAAAUCUGGGACACAGCAGGACAAGAAAGAUUUCGCAGCAUUCCUCAUGCGUACUUCAGGAAAGCCGACGGUGUCCUAUUGCUCUACGAUAUCUCUUGUGAGAAAUCGUUCCUCAAUGUACAAAGCUGGAUCGCUAGUAUUAGGGAGCACGAUGACAACGCUGUUAUCAUGCUGACGGGAAACAAAGAGGACCUCGCUUCGCCUUACCGGGAAGUUCCUCGGGACGCCGCUCUCAAAGUAGCGAGGGAAAACAAUGCACUGUUCAUAGAAACGAGUGCCAAAAAUGGAACAAAUGUAUUCGAGGCCUUUGGACGUUUGGCAAGAGAACUUCAGAAGAAAGAAGACGACAACGUUAGUCGGGUGUAUGACAUGGACAUUGAGGAACAGAUCAUCACCUUCGCGCCCAAGAAAAAGCGAAAAUGUUGCAACUUUUGAUUUCAAACGAAUCUACUCCAACAUUCCAAAGGAAUACACUAUUCAUAUUCACUUAAGAAAAUUUUGGUAUGCUUCUCAGAUGGUUUAACACAAAAUGGGAUAAACCCAUAGGCCCGUUGAGAUCACACCAAACGCCCGUAUUAUGAAGUCGGCUCUAAUACACUGCUAAAAUAUCUAUUACCUAUUAUCUAUUUAGAAAACACCAGCAAGGUUUUGAAGCAGCACCAUGUUGUUUUUAGGCUAACACCAGAUUUAAACAGCACUAAUCAGAGUUAAACCAAUUUCGGUGUGAUUCCUAACAGAUAUUGGUUUCAACACUUCUGGUGUUUUCCGAUAUAGAUACCAGACCGGUGUUAAAUCAUCAUCGGUGUUUUGCAGUGUAUUAGUUCUGGUCUAAAGUUGUGGUUUAACCGUCGCCAGCCAGUCGUGGCCCCAAUCUCUGUUAGUAAAUGUUCGAUUCAUCAAUUCACUUGACACUCUUAAGCAUUUAUAAUUGUUUCGGAGUGAUAACUGAAAUAUUUUUAUUCGUCAUUUUCUUCAUUUAGGGAUUUUUUUGGCUUCCGUUACCUUUAGCUCAGAAUUAGACCGUAAUCUGACUUCGGAAUAUGGGCCAAUUUGGCAAGUAAUCUUACCCUUAUUUGGUCUACUAUUCACUGGGAAUAAUUCUCGUUUAGUGUAAUGUCACAUUGGUCUAAUUUCUAUUUGAUGUAUGAGUUAUUCAUAUUUGGUCGAUUGAAAAUAUAAUUCAUAAACAGUUCGUCUAACCGUAUAGACAUGAUAGAGGAAGUGUUGUUUACGCCGUUAGACAUGUUAGAUCGAGCGGCUGUUAAACCUUGUCCACACCGUGCGAUUUGUUGCGAUCCGAAUUAAAAUACAAAAUUGUAAUAACAUUUGCGAUGAACAUUGUAGCCGAGGGAAUAAUAGCAAUCAGAGUUCAGAAGAGUGGUAAGGACUAUUGACAUCGAAAGUCAGUCUAGUUUGAGCCUCCCUGUAGGAAUGAAAGCAAAUUCAAUUUCCUACCGCAAGGACGUCAUCAUCAGCUGCGACUUGAAACGGAUUUGGACUUUACUCCGACAUCGUAGGAUUGUUGCAAGGCAGAAUUGUAGUUUUAUUAGUCCUAACACAAUCUAGCGCUUCAUACAAAAUACACUUACUUCUUUGAACCUUCACAUUUAAAGCAAAAUACGAUUUAUUAGAGAACCACCUUGCAUUGGAUCGCAACGGGUCGUGUGAUCCUAUUGAAGAGUAUAAACGCUCUUCAGAAGAUUUAUACAACGUUGUUCAUUUCAUGAGCCUUACUCCAGUUGUUUAACAGGUUAACAACCAUGCUUGAUAUAUUGAGAAUUGAAUAUUAGAACUUAAACUUUGUUGUUUAAGAUAUUAAACAGCGUUGUACGAAAAUUUUAAACGGUGUUUUUACUGUGUACAGCAUACCUGGUGCCCGUCUUACAAAGAGUUUUUAUUGAUCCCAUGAAUCGUAACUAUGGACAACUUGCAAAGUCAACAUAUAAAAUGCAUGUUUGUUUAAAAAAUUAUAGAUAUGAAUGUAUAUCC